AUGGGAUGGUUGAGGCCGGGGCCACGCCCCCUCUGCCCCCCUGCGAGGGCAUCCUGGGCUUUCUCCCACCGCUUUCCGAGCCCGCUUGCACCUCGGCGAUCCCCGACUCCCUUCUUUAUGGCGUCGCUCCUGUGCUGUGGGCCGAAGCUGGCCGCCUGCGGCAUCGUCCUCAGCGCCUGGGGAGUGAUCAUGUUGAUAAUGCUCGGAAUAUUUUUCAAUGUCCAUUCCGCUGUGUUGAUUGAGGACGUUCCCUUCACGGAGAAAGAUUUUGAGAAUGGCCCCCAGAACAUAUACAACCUUUACGAGCAAGUCAGCUACAACUGUUUCAUCGCUGCAGGCCUUUACCUCCUCCUCGGAGGCUUCUCUUUCUGCCAAGUUCGGCUCAAUAAGCGCAAGGAAUACAUGGUGCGCUAGGGCCCCGGCGCGUUUCCCCGCUCCAGCCCCUCCUCUAUUUAAAGACUCCCUGCACCGCGUCACCCAGGUCGCGUCCCACCCUUGCCGGCGCCCUCUGCGGGACUGGGUUUCCCGGGCGAGAGGCUGAAUCCCUUCUCCCAUCUCUGGCAUCCGGCCCCCGUGGAGAGGGCUGAGGCUGGGGGGCUGUUCCGUCUCUCCACCCUUCGCUGUGUCCCGUAUCUCAAUAAAGAGAAUCUGCUCUCUUAA